AUAAACAAAAAUGUCACCGAUCCUGAUUUUUUGUUUCUUGCUGCAUACCUAUCACUAAACCUUAAUUAUAUCACAAGAACGAUAUAAAAUUAAACUAGUCGCUUUCUCCAGUGAAUUAAUCUCUACUAACGAACGUCCAAAAGUAAUUAAUCGGCCAUAGUAGCGUGCGUUUCGUGUACGCGCGCCUGUCUACACCCGACCUAUCUCAUUGUUUAUGUAUGGAGAAUAAGCCAGGAAUUUUUAUGGAGUUUCGCAGCGUAAUCUUAAUCUAAGUGAAAUUUUGGUUACAAGUGUGGAUCUAGUCGGUGGGAUAGUGAUGAAGACAAUGCGCGCCGCCUACUUGUAAAUCAAGUCAAGUUGGCGAAGGCACGCAGGGGUAUGAUUAAGGAGAAGGAGAAGGGAGGGGGUGCUCGCCUCAAAGACGAGCCUAAUGACCCCACAGAGCCUGGCCACGGCUCUCGGCCGCCUUCAGCGUCGCUGCCGACCCCGGCGGCGCUGAAGAAAGAGCCCGAGGACGGACCUCACCGGGUCAAGAUUGAACCCCACCAGCAAGGAGGCGAGGACUCCGCCCCCGAUCUAGCGGUGGACGGGAUCAAGACUGAGAUUGACACACUCAUGGACAACGAUGUCCCACAUUCAGGCGACCCCACAAAGUCUCCGUCGUGCGAGAUGGGCGGGCCGGGGUCGCUCAAGUCGGAGCGGCUUUCUUCAGAUUCCAACGAUAUACUGGAUCCGCAGACUGGACUCAGAGGCAAUACAGGAAAUAUGCAGGAUGGUAACCAAAAUUGCCGGAACCCAAACGUGGGUCCCGAAGGUUUGGGGUCCUGCCGCAUGGGCGGCGGCGGAGGGCCCAUGGGGCCUGGGGUCUCCAUGGGGCCCAUGUCCGCCAGCGAGGCACAGACACUACCUUCCAAUGUCAUCAGCAAACAGGCGGGCAGUAUGGAGCAGCAAAGCCAGAUCUUCGUGUUCUCCACGAUGCUGGCCAACAAGGGUGCUGAAGCGGUGCUAUCUGGACAGCAUCACUCCAUCAUCUCGUACCACUGCGCACAGCCUGGCACUAAGAAGUAUUUGGAGAAACACCCUCUCAAGAUGGGUCAGUUCAACAAGCAGAGUCCGGCGCAAUGGCUCAACAACCUCGCCAUGGCGAAGACCAGGGGAGGAAUGAGAGGCGGCCCUAACAUGAUGGGCGGGCCUAAUCAAAUGGGGCACAUGAUGGGCGGUCCAAUGGGUCCUAACAUGGGGCCAAUGGGACACGGCGGUAUGGGCCACAUGGGCCCUAAUAUGAUGGGUCCAAACAGGAUGGGAGGGCCCGGUAAUCAGAUGAUGAUGAUGAAAGGAGGCCCUGGCCCCAUGGGGCAGAUGGGGCCGGGCAUGGGACCCAUGGAUGGGUUUCCAGGAGGCACCCCGUCCUGUGGUGUCAUGGACGGCCUCGGUGCUGAUGGUGAAAUGCCCUGGGACACCAAAAACCCCUCCGUAAUGUCGAACGGCAUGGCAAAUGGCGGUGGUAAUAUGCCGCCGUGUUCAGAGUCAAAUGCCAACGACACACCCACCUCUGGUGCAGAUUCGUCUGAGACUUGCCAACAAGGGCCUAAAGGUGUUAAAAUACCAGAUGAAAACUUAACGCCGCAGCAAAGAGCACAUCGCGAAGAGCAACUGGCCACGAUACGCAAAAUGCAACAGAUGUUGUUCCCCGAAAGUGGCGGCAGCAACCCCAACCAGGGUCCCAACGACCAAAACCAACAAAACAACGAUAUCAACCCGCCUAAUUCAGCAGGAAACAUGAACAUGCCCUUCCCACCUAUGUCGGGAAUGGGGCCAAACGGACCUAUGGGCUCUGGACCUAACGGGCCUAUGGUGUCAAUGUCAAACAGUAUGAAUUCCGGCGGACCCAAUUGUACUAUGUCCGGCCCGAUGGGACCCAACGGACCUAUGGGAGGACCGAUGGGCCCCGGAGGUCCAAUGGGGCCAAACGGACCUAUGGGUGGGCCAAUGGGAAUGGGCGGCCCGGGCGGUAUGGGAAUGGGGCAUGGAUCGAUGGGGCCUAAUGGCAUGAUGGGGCCGAACGGGCCCAUGAUGCCGGGUAUGGGGCCUAACGGACCGAUGGGGCCAAUGGGCCCGUGUGGGAUGAAAGGAAUCAGAGGAGCGUGCGGAGGCCCGGAUAUGAAGGGAGGAAUGUGCAAUGAUAUGCACAUGGGAAGAGGAUGCGGUGGCCCUAUGGGGCGAAUGCCCAACCCAAUGGGCGGCAUGGGCGUUCCUAAGCCCUGCAUGAUGGGCGGACCCCACAUGGGACCCCGGAUGAUGCAAGGGCCUAAUAUAAACGCUAUGAAUGGUGGUAUGAUGAUGGACAGCGGCAUGAUAGGCAUGCACGGGGAAUGCGGGGACCACCACCCGAUGCCCAACGGGCCCAUGUGCGACGACUACGGCCGCGGGAGAAACAUGGGCCCAGGCGAUCCUGGCGGGCUGGGUCCGGGCCCGGGGCGCGGCAUCCGCAGCCCAAAGAGCCCCAACGACAUCGACUGGCACAAGUUACACCACCAGUUCUUCGAUGACCCCAAGUCUAUGGACACUGAACUAGGAACACAAGCAAAAUCGCCUUGUUCAGAACGCGGCGGCUGCUUACCGCCGCCGCCAUACGGAGCCUCGCCUCUACACAGAUCUGCCUCAGUACCUAUUGCAACACAGUCCCCCAGUCACGGCUCGGUACAAAUGCCGAUGUCGGCCGAAGCGUCCCGAGCGGGUUCGGGGCUGAACAGUCCCGCGCACUGCAAACAGGGGCCCAAACAGGACGCACCCGAAAUACUAGAGAAGUUGGACGAUGGCGUGUUCGUUCGAACGCUCCAAUGUUUGGCGGCGCAACAGCAGAAGAACCAGGGCGGGUCGCAUAGCAAGGAGCCAAGUUUGAUGCCCGUGCCAUCCCCACAGCAAAUAUCUUACCUCAACCAGUUCGAAGGCCAAGAGCUGACAAUACAGAAGCAGCCGAACACGUCGUUGAAAGACAACGGGCCGCCGUCCAAUAGUGGCGGUCAGACGCCGCAGUCGGCCUCCAAUCAGAAGUCUCCUGCCGGCAUGAUGCCGGGCACGCCAGAGCCCCACGGCGCGUGCAGCGGGGGCUCGCUCACGGAGCAGCGCUCGGGGCGGUUCUCGCUCGACCACAGUCCCGGGUUCAAUCCGCAAACGCCGCAGUCAAACACCAACAAGUGUUCUCAAGACGAGAAAUCCCGGCCGAGUCCGUCCUCGAACCGGUCAAGUCAAGACAGCGCCUCAAAAACACCCCAAAGAGACUCCGGCCUCAGCCAGGGUCCCUACGCCCCGUCGUCUUCAGCGGCUUCGUCUUCUGUCAAAAGCAGUUGUAGCGUCGCCUCCGCGCCUUCCAACAGCAUGGAGGAUAGUUUGGCCGGCAACACGGAGACGACGUUAUCAGGCGGGCCGAACAGCACAACGCUCCCGGGGCCGUUCCCCGGCUCGUGCAGCAUGAACAGGCCCGACAAUAUCCCCAUCAACCCCAACCAGGGCCCCGGGGGUCCCAUGGGUCCUAACUCGGCCUCGUUCGACCCCAUCUCGUCGCUGGCGCAGAUGUCGCAGCAGUUGACGUCGGGCGCCCCGGGCCCGGGCCCGCCGGGGCCUGGGGGCCCGGGACCCAUGGGACCCUUCGCCCCUGCGCCACACCACAUGCAGCAUCACCACUCAAUGCAUCCGCAUUCGCAUCCACAUAUGAUGAUGAAUGAUUUAGGCUGCCAUAUGGACAACAUGGGCGGCCCCGGCAUGGGGGGGCCCAUGGACUCGAUGAUGGGCGGCGGCGACUUCCCGCCGGACAUCAACCUCAGCCCCAAGAUGGGCAACAUGCCCGGCAUGCCCUCCGACGGCAUGAUGACCAGAAUGCCGGGCCCCGGGAAAAUGCCGCCCUUCAACGGAGCCAACGUCCAAGUGAAAGCCAGCGCGCCGAACACGAUACAGUACCUCCCGACUAGGCCUCAAAUGCCGUGUAACUCGGGCCCCAGAGGCCCCCCCAGCCUGGACUUCCUGCAGCGAGUGACGAGCCCCAUGCAGCUGGAGGGCGGCAAGGGCGUGCAGUACUUCCCGGGCGCGCGCGCCGUGGACGUGGAGGGCGCCAUGCGCGGCGUGCUGCGCGCGCCCGGCAUGCUGCGCAUGUCGCCCUACCCCGCAGGAUUCAACUCACCCCCAAAGAUGGGCGGCGACCCGUUCGGCCCCGGCGGGCCCGGCGGCCCCGGCGGCCCCGGGCCCGGCAUGUGCGGCCCGGCGCCCGGCUUCCGCGGCGUGAAGGGCGCCAUGGGCCCGGGCGCGCGCCUGGGCGCCGCGCAGCCGCUGCCGCCCUCCAUGCAGGGCGCGGGCUUCAAGGGGCAGGGCUUCGCCGUGCCGUCGACGGCGGACCCCAACUACGCGGCGCAGUUCCACAACUUCCAGCAGCAGCUGUACGCCACGGGCAGCCGCGCCGGCGCGCCGCACGCGGGCUACGCGCACGGCAGCUACCCGCCCAAGUGAUGCCGGCGGCGCCGUACGGCUGACACUCGUGUACUUAAGGACUCGCCCCGGCUGUGCGGCUGAUUGUGUUUCGAUUGCUGACUAAUUUGUUGUUGUUUACGCGGAUAUGCUUAUAAGUUUGUGUAAAUUUGUUUUAGAAUUUCCAAAAGAGUUUCAGUAGUUUGGAUGGAAUUACUGCAGUUUUUAGUUACUCUGACUACAGAUUGAAAUAUUAGACUGACUAAAUUUUGAAAAUAUUAAAAAAAAAAAAACAUAAUAAGCAACCAAAAAAUUAGCUGCUUUUCUGAAAUAUAAUCAAACAUUUUUCGCGCUGGGAGUGAGGAAAUUAAUGUUCCCUAAACGUUGGUCCUUCGCCGAUACAAUUUUGGUGUUGAGACGUUUUGAACUGAUCCCCUCUUUACUAGUUACUCUGUAAGUUACGACUAAACGUUGUUCGCAAGCCCUAUGUCGGACACGCUAAAUGACAAAUUUCGCAUAAAGCCAGUUUUUGACUUAACAGUUUUGCUACGCGGUAUAGAUACAGUUUUUUGUAAAUAAAUAACAUUGAUAGCGGUAUUUUUUUAUGAUUAAGUUUAUAGCAUUUUGUGCGGUUCAUUUUUACUUCUGACAUUUUAUGAUGUAAAUAUGAGUCUUGCCGUUUUGCGUGUCUGGCAUUUUGCGCGUGAAUCGUUUUAUGAUGCGUUAGUGAAUGCGAAUGCGUUUUGUACAAAUUGUACAAAAUUAGACGUGUUAUUGUGUACUCUACAUAAUUUAAAGUACAGUCUAGUGGUAAUUUGUUCGCUUAUGGCAAUAAAUUAGUUUAAGAUGAUGAUUUUUUUACAGAGACAUGCCAGAAAUCAAUGUAAUCGGUUCCUUUACUUAGCUAUUUUAUGUACGAUUCCUAUGCACACAGAUAAUCUAGUCAAUUUUGAAAUUAAUGGAGUCCAAUUUGUGUACACAGCCGCUCUAGACCGCCCCGGUUAUGCACAUUAACUACAUGUUAAACAAUUCGUCCUUUUUAGUUUAAGAUUUUUACCUAAUUAGUGAAAUUGGUUUUAUCAUUAUUAUUUUGGCGCACGGCCAGUAUCUCUUGGAAUUAAUUGACCAGUCUAUACGACUAAUUUUAUUACUUUGAUCUGAUAGCAAUGUUUUUCCGUCUUCCAAUACCUAUAAUAGACUUUUAAUUAUACAGUAAGUGGAGUAUACACUAGUGCUCACUGACAUUUCAGACUUACAACACGAUUAGCGUAGUUCUACUUUAAAUAUUUUUUAUAUAUAUAUAUAAUUAAAAGUACUUAAAAUCUGAUGCCAUAUUAUUUGCCACAUGAUUUUGUUCUCGUGAUAUGUUGUAUCUUAAUUUAUCGCUUUCUACGGAGUUUUUUUUAUGUCGAAUGUUUUUGACACGGUUUUUACGGCAUAGUAUUAAAGUGCUAGGCUAGUUCGCACAUUGUGGAUCCACGGUGGCCUUUGACUCAUGGCGCCUUGUUUAUAAGCAAUGAUCGGGGUGAGGCCCGGGACCAUAGCGAAGUGAGCUGCGGUUUGCGGCAUUUUAAGCUGCCUAUAAUGUUGUGUAGAGUGACGUUAGAGUAAAAAAAAGUGAAAUAUUGUUUUGAAAGUGCUCAUUUCGGAUUAAAUGAAAAAAGCAUUUUAAACUAUCAUCGUUAGGAUAACAGCCUGCGAUUUAUCUUUUCAAAUUAUUUAGUUUUAAGACUUAACGAAACUUGCGCACACGACAUCUGCCGGCAAUUCGUCGCUCACUUCACCCCCCUCGAGAUUAUUAAGGCCUAAGCGAGCCUCUUAAACGGGAGCUUCGUGUGAAGAUUUACUGAAGAAAGUCAGUUAAGUUGUCUUAUCUAGUAGAUAUUUUAUUAUUUAUUUAUAUAUAGUGAAACAAGAUGUUAGGUGUCAUGGUGAUUUAUGACUUUGUAGCGUUGUUUACAAAAGAAAACAGAAUGAGAGUUUACAACGAGGUAAAAUAGAAUUAAUAUCCUAGGCCUAUCAUAGAUGCGAAUUCCUAUAUGGAAUAUCAACUAUAACUCACUUUAAUUAAUAAAAAGAAACUGGUCCUAUUACCACAUACACUAGGAUUUAGUGUCUAAACACACUAUGCCGAAGUUACGCGACCGAAAUUCGGCGGCUGAUUUUACGUUCCGACGUGUUCGGCUGAUAUGACACAUCAUUAGUGCCGAACUUACGCGGCAGAAAUUCAGCUCCGCAACGCUCCCCGCUGCUCCCCACCCUGGAUCUUCGUCGGUAAUCGAACCGAACUUCGGUCGUGUAUAAUGUGUUGCCGUAUCGCCGAAUCGCCGCCGAAAUAAAAUAGUAAUUCAAAUAGCAUUGCAAGCGUAAUUGCGCCGAACUUCAGCCGCGUAACUUCGGCAUAGUGUGUUUAGACACUUAGGAAUGGGUUGUGUUUAAACGCUCUUAAGAUUUGAACGAAUCUUAAGCGUUCGGUUUACCUGUCCAUAUUUUGUUAGCAUGCGUUUUGUUGUUCGGGCAUAGAAAAAGAAGUACGCUCGUUACUAUAAAUAAAUGUGAUUCCCCCGAAGCUCCCGUAUGUGGGUUCGGGCCUAAUGGCAUGAACAUUUGAUAACAAGCACAACAAAGUCCAGUGAAAACACCCGCUCGAUUAGAUAGUGUUAAUUUAACUGUAAUUAUUAAUAUAAGGUAAAGAAUGGUUCUUGUUUUAGGAUAAGUGAAGAGCAAUGAUAUAAAAUAGUUUGUGUAAUAUUGAUAAGAAAUGAAAUUAAGAUGCAAACUAUUGGUUGUGAUUAUGACACAAUUUGUUAAGUUGUUCGUAGAUUGUGACACAGUAAUGUGGACUUACUGACGAUAAGACCCUUUUUAUUUUUUAUUUCCUUGUUUUUUGGAUAUUUUUUACUUGACGUUCUCGUUUGUACAUCGCUAACAAUAAUUGUACAGAGUACUUUUGGACUUAAUUAAGGGCAAUAAAUGUAUUUAUUUUAUAACUCGUGAUGUAAGAAUUUAUUCUUAAUUAUUAUAAAAAAAAAUAUACGAUAUGCUUGUA